AUGUGCCAGAAACAUGAUGAUCAACAUCAGGCCAUGUUUCUUGCAGGUCCCAGGACCGCCAGUCAGGUGAAAAACCUGAAUGGCAAACCAUUUGAAGCGUUGGAUGCAUUUGACUGCAGUCAUCCUGUACCUCCAGGUUUUAAACAGUACUUUGAGUACCUCCAGAGCAGAGGGGUGACUCAUUUCAAAGUGCCGCUGUCAUGGGCUCAACUCCUACCAUCAGGCCUCCCCAGCCAGCCCCAGCAGGAUGUGGUUACCUGUUACCAGACUCUGCUGAGACAGCUGCAGGAGGUGGGCCUUCAGCCUCUGGUCGUCCUUCAUGGAUCCACAGUGCCAGAUGCUCUGAGAUCAAGGUAUGGAGGCUGGGAGAGCCAGGAGCUGGUAGAGAUGUUUCAUCAGUAUGCAGAGUUUGUCUUUGGAGAGUUUGGAGAGCUGGCAGAUUCCUGGGUGACACUGAGCAGCUUGGACGAGCUAAGGGAUGCUGAGCUGCAAAGCGCCCUUGACGCACACAUCAGUGUCUACCACUGUUACCACCGACUGUUUCCUGGGAGAGUUCCUGUCAGAUACCAGAAUCUUGAAAGUCACACACAUCAAAAUGACAGAAACAAUCUUCCAACAUCAUCAUGUUCCACGACCUACUGCAAAACCUGGAGCAACUUUGCCUCUAAGACCUCAUCUGAGCGAGAUGCCUUCCUGAAUGAAUCCUUCCCCUCUGGCUUCCAAUGGGCCACCUCCAGUGAAUCCUUCAAGGUUGAAGGUGGCUGGGUAGAAGAUGGGAAGGGAGAGACCAUUUGGGAUCGUUUUGGUCAUGAUGGCCUAGCCUUUGAGAAUCAGACAGCUGAUCUUGCUUGUGACAGUUACCACAAGGUGGAUUACGAUGUCUACCUGCUGCGAGGUCUUCAUGUCAACACCUACCAGUUUUCCAUCUCCUGGGCCCGUAUUUUCCCCUCAGGCCACCGGGGCAGCCAGUCACAGAAAGGGGCUCUCUACUAUGACAAGCUGAUCGAUGCUCUCAUUGAGUCCGGCAUACAACCUGUUGUCACUCUCUACCACUGGGAUCUGCCCCAGGCACUCCAGGACUAUGGUGGAUGGACCAAUGCUUCCAUUGUCGAAGCCUUCAAGGACUAUGCAGACUUCUGCUUCUUCAGGUUUGGAGACAGGGUCAAGACCUGGAACACAUUCAGUAGCCCCUGGGUGGUGAGCCAUGCUGGAUAUGGCACUGGUGAGCAUCCCCCUGGAGUAAAAGACUAUGUGGUUGCCUCCUAUCAGGCUACUCACAAUAUGCUCAAGUCCCAUGCUGAGGCCUGGCAUGUCUACAAUGACAAGUUCAGGAAGACACAAGGAGGGAAAGUGGGCAUUGCAUUGAACUCUGACUGGGCUGAGCCCAUGGACCCCUCCAAACCUGAAGACAUAGCAGCUGCAGAUCGCUACCUGCAGUUCAUGCUGGGCUGGUUUGCACAUCCCAUAUUUGUAGAUGGAGAUUAUCCUGCAACACUCAAGACUCAGAUAGAACAGAAGAAAAAUGAGUGUCCCCUCUCUGUGCCUGCAAGACUUCCAGUUUUCACUCCUGUAGAGAGCAAGAGAAUACGUGGAACAGCUGACUUUUUGGGAUUAAACCACUAUACCUCCCGGCUGGUCAACGAAAGUGCUGGUGGCUGCACCCCUGGUCCUCAGGGGGUGGGUGACUUUGAGGCACAUGUGGACCCUUCAUGGUCCUCUACAGCUUCUGACUGGAUCUAUUCUACACCUUGGGGACUUAGAAGGCUUCUCAACUACAUUUCCACAGAAUACUUAAAUGUUACUAAAGUGCCUAUCCACAUAACUGGGAAUGGUAUGCCUACUGAGCACAGUGGAGACACCCUAAAUGACAUCGGUAGAGUAGAGUACAUGAAGAGUUACAUCAAUGAGGCCUUGAAAGCAAUUUUCUUAGAUGGAGUGGAUGUACAGCGAUUCACAGUGCAGUCACUCAUGGAUGGAUUUGAGGGAAAACAAGGCUACAGCCAAAGAUUUGGUCUUCACAAUGUAAACUUUGAAGAUGCAGACAGACCAAGAACCCCAAAGCAAUCUGCGUAUUUCUACUCUCAAGUUAUCAAGCAAAAUGGAUUUAGUUCACACAAACGGCAUGUUUUUAAAGUGGCAGAGAUGCAGCUUACCCACCGUCCAACUGCUUUAUCAUCCUCAGGGGUUCCAUCGAAAUCAAAGGUUGUCUGGGAGAAAUUCUCACACCAGUCCAGAUUUCAGAGAAAAAUCUACCACUACGGCACUUUCCCACAAGGCUUCAGUUGGGGAGUAUCAUCUUCAGCUUACCAGAUUGAAGGUGGCUGGAAUGCUGAUGGGAAGGGCCCCAGCGUCUGGGAUACAUUCACUCAUAAACCUGGCACUAUUCCCGCUAAUGCUAAUGGAGAUGUGGCCUGCGACAGCUACCACAGACUUGAAGAAGACCUCUACAUGCUGCGAGCUCUCAGGGUGAAAUCAUACAGAUUUUCAUUGUCCUGGUCCAGGAUCUUUCCUGAUGGACAGCGUACCUCUCUGAACCAGAAAGGUGUUGACUACUACAUCAGACUCAUUGAUGGCCUCUUAGCAUAUAACAUCACUCCCAUGGUUACACUGUACCACUGGGACCUUCCUCAAGCUUUGCAGAACCUCGGUGGCUGGGACAAUGUAGACAUGAUUAACAUUUUUAACGACUUUUGUGACUACUGCUUUGCCACCUUUGGAGACAGAGUGAAAUUUUGGAUGACCUUCAACCAGCCUCACACAAUUGCAUGGUCAGGUUAUGGACUUGGACAGAUCCCCCCAAAUGUCAAGAAUCCAGGAAUUGCACCAUACAGAAUAGCCCACAACCUUAUCAAAGCCCACGCCAAGGCUUACCACACAUAUGAUGAUAAGUAUCGCAAAUCCCAAGGUGGUCUAGUCUCCAUUGCCCUCAAUGCUGAUUGGAUUGAACCUAAAGAUGUUAACGUUCCCCGUGAAGUGGUGGCUGCUGACCGCGCACUGCAGUUCCAGUUGGGUUGGUUUGCACACCCCAUUUUCAAGACUGGUGACUAUCCUGAUGCAAUGAAGUGGCAAGUUGGAAACAAAAGUGAACUCCAAGGUCUUAGACACACAAGACUACCUUCUUUCACUGAAGAAGAAAAGAGCUUCAUAAAGGGAACUGCUGACAUGUUCUGUGUAAAUCAUUACACUACAAAGAUAGUAAGCCAUGUCACCGCUCGGCUAACCCCUCAAUCCUAUGAAUAUGACCAGGACGUGUCAGAAGCAGAGGAAGAAGAUUCACCAACUACUGCCAUCAGUAACCAGAGAGCUGUACCGUGGGGCUUGAGAAGACUCCUUAACUGGAUCAAAGAGGAGUACGGAGAUCCAGAGAUUUACAUCAGUGAGAAUGGAGUAGCGACAGACAUUAAGACCACAGUUGAUGACAUUGACAGAGUGUUUUACUACAAAACCUACAUUGAUGAGGCUUUAAAGGCUCAUAAUCUUGAUGGUGUGAAGGUGAAGGGUUACAUAGCAACAUCUCUCAUGGAUUCCUUUGAGUGGCUCAGUGGGUACAAAGUAGGAUUUGGGCUGCACCAUGUAGACUUCACCAACCUGAACCGGCCAAGGACACCCAAGCGCUCUGCUCACUAUUAUUACCAAGUCAUGAAGGACAAUGGCUUCCCGUUACCAGAUGAUGAGAAGAUGCUUUAUGGAGAGUUUCCCAAAACUUUCAAUUGGAGUACUGCCAGUGCCUCUUAUCAGAUUGAAGGGAGCUGGAGAGCCCAUGGAAAAGGACUUAGUAUCUGGGACAAGUUUGCCCAUACUCCUUUGAGAGUGGCCAACAGUGACAAUGGCGAUAUUGCCUGUGAUAGUUACAACAAGAUUGACAAGGAUGUGGAGGUGCUGAAGAUGUUGAAGGUUACCCACUAUCGCUUUUCUGUAUCCUGGCCCAGACUACUUCCUGAUGGCACAAACAACCACAUCAAUGAAGCUGGACUGAACUAUUACCAUAGAUUACUGGAUGCCUUGGAAGCUGCUAAUAUUCAGCCCCAGGUGACUCUGUACCACUGGGACCUCCCCUUAGCUCUACAGAAGGUUGGGGGCUGGCAGAAUGAAACUAUUGUCCAGAGAUUCAGAGAUUAUGCUGAUGUUUUGUUCAGCCGAUUUGGAAGCAGAGUAAAGUUCUGGAUCACUCUGAAUGAACCUUACAUUGUAGCCAACCUUGGCUAUGGGUACGGUACCUUUGCUCCCGGCAUUGUGGGUAAGCAGUAUAUUGCAGCUCACAACCUGAUUAAGGCCCAUGCUGAAGUCUGGCACCUCUACAAUGACAAGUACCGUGCAACACAGGGUGGCAUCAUCUCCAUUACCAUAAAUUCUGAUUGGGCAGAGCCAAAGAACCCAUAUAAGCAGGAGGAUGUGGAUGCAGCCAAGCGCUACUUGCAGUUCUUCAUUGGCUGGUUUGCCCAUCCCAUCUUCAACGGUGAUUAUCCUGACAUAAUGAAAACAAUUAUUCGUAAAAGAAGCCUCGCUGCAGGUCUCCCUAAAUCACGGCUUCCUGAGUUCACACCUGAGGAAAUCAAGAGGAUCAAAGGGACCCAUGAUUACUUUGGCUUCAACCAUUACACGACGGUUCUUUCUUACCCAGUUGAUUUGGGAAAACAGCAGGAUUAUGAAGGUGACAGGGGCACUGGGACCACCCAUGACCGCACCUGGAUUGAGUCUGGCUCCUUCUGGCUGAAGAUCACACCAUUUGGUUUUAGGAAAAUCCUCAAGUUUAUCAAGGAUGAGUAUGGAAACCCACCCAUCUAUGUCACGGAGAAUGGGAUCUCAGAACGAGGAGAAGUGAACUUGAAUGACCUUCACAGAAAACACUACUAUGAAAACUACAUUAACCAGGCCCUGAAAGCCCAUGUUCUGGAUGGAGUUGAUCUGAGAGGAUAUACAGCCUGGUCAUUAAUGGAUAACUUUGAGUGGGCCGCUGGCUUCUCUGAGCGAUUUGGACUUUUCUACGUGAACCGCUCAAACCCCACACUUCCACGCAUCCCUAAAAACUCAGCGUCUCGCUACGCUACCAUCAUCACCUGCAAUGGCUUCCCAGACCCAGCCCUUGGGCCCCAUGACUGUUUGAACCCUCCACCUGAAGGGAACACUGUCCAUACAACUGUCCCUGUUCAGCCCCUGAACAUGGUAGACUUCCUGGGUCUGGAGCUUUCAACUCAAGAUGCUGAAGUUGCACUUUAUGUAAUUUUUGUUUUCCUUCUCAUAACUGUACUUGGUGUCAUCUUUGUUGUAUAUGGGCUCUUGAAAACAAAGAGGAAGUUAAAGAAAGCAGCGGUGGCAUCCUUAAAGAUGGAGAGAAUGUGA